GCGCCGCCUUCCUUUUCCGCCUGGCUCCGCGGCGCUGGAAACUUUGCGGGCGGCGCAGUCGGCGCUCGCAGCGGCGGGCACCCAUCGGCGGGCACCCAGCCCCGAGCACCCCGCGGGGCCCCGCUCCGCGCCGCCGGGCCCCGCCCCGCCCAGCCUAGCCCCGCAGGGCGGGAGCACCGCGGCCCUUGCGGGCCCCUCCGCAUCUCCCCCCCCCCCCCCGGGCCAUGCGUGCCCGCUGAGCCGCAGCGGAGGCGGCCGCCUUGCAGUUUGCUCCUGUCCCCGGUUUUAAUUUUACCAGGUUUAUUUAUUGGGGUGGUUUUAAAUUUUUUUUUGGGGGGGGGUGUUUGACGCUCGCCGCCGCAGGCCGCGGGGCGGCGAUGGGCGCGGCGGCGGGCGGGCGCUCCGCGGGGCGCUGAGCGGGCGCGCAGCGGGGCGCGGGGCGCGCCAUGGCCGCCAAGGACAACCCCUGCAGGAAGUUCCAGGCCAACAUCUUCAACAAGAGCAAGUGCCAGAAUUGCUUCAAGCCCCGCGAGUCCCACCUGCUCAACGACGAGGACCUCAACCAGGCCAAACCCAUUUACGGUGGCUGGCUGCUGCUGGCUCCAGAAGGAACAGACUUUGACAACCCUGUCCAUCGCUCGCGGAAAUGGCAGCGUCGCUUCUUCAUCCUCUACGAGCAUGGGCUGCUGCGCUACGCCCUCGACGAGAUGCCGACAACCCUCCCACAGGGCACCAUCAACAUGAACCAGUGCACAGAUGUGGUGGAUGGGGAGAGCCGGACAGGGCAGAAAUUCUCCUUGUGCAUCCUGACGCCAGAGAAGGAGCACUUCAUCCGGGCUGAGAACAAGGAGAUCAUCAGUGGGUGGCUGGAGAUGCUGAUAGUCUAUCCGAGGACAAACAAGCAGAAUCAGAAGAAGAAGAGGAAGGUAGAGCCCCCAACUCCCCAGGAGCCGGGUCCUGCUAAGAUGGCCGUGACCAGCAGCAACAUCCCCAGUGCGGAGAAGGUCCCUGCCACCAAGUCCACGCUUUGGCAGGAAGAAAUGAGGGGGAAAGACCAAGUGGACGGGGGCAGCGGCAUCAGCCCGGCGCAGAGCUCUGUGCAAGGCCAGGCCGGGGCUGCCAGCUCCCUGAAGGAUCCUGUGCUGGACAGCAAGGAAGACGAAAGCUCCAUGAACGGAGACCGGAUAGACUGUGGGCGGAAGACGCGUGUCGAGAGCGGGUACUUUUCCUUGGAGAAGACCAAGCAAGACUCGAAGCUGGAAGAGCAGCAGCUGCCGCCCCCGCCGAGCCCACCCAGCCCCAGCACCCCAAACAACAGGUACAGUUAUCCCAAAUCGCCCUCGCAGGAGCAUGCCCAGCCCUUUCCUUCCCCAGGUACCCGAUCAGGCGACCGAAUGAUUCACAGCUUCUCUCUGAACUCCUUGGACUCGAAGAGCAGUUGCUCCAUGCACAAGGACUCCAGCAGCAGAGAUGUAGGAAGGGGAGCUGAAAAAUCGGGGCGUCCCCUUUCUUUUAAAGCCAGCCGGCAGUACACCACCCUGGCCGACGUUCCCAAGGCCAUUAGGAUCAGUAAUCGUGAGGCCUUCCAGGUGGAGAGGAAGCGGCUAGAGCGGAGAACCCGGGCCCGUAGCCCUGGGAGAGAAGAAGUGGCCCGGCUCUUUGGCAAUGAGAGAAGGCGAUCCCAGGUAAUUGAAAAAUUUGAGGCAUUAGAUAUUGAGAACGCGGAGCACAUGGAAACGAAUGUGUCGCCCGGUGCUGCCCUUUCCAGUGAGACGCGGCAGGGCAGGAGCGAGAAGAGGGUUUUCCCACGAAAACGGGACUUCACUUGUGAAGGUGCAGCUGUGGGCUCUAUCCUGGAUGUAUCUGCGUCUCCUCUGUCCCCGCAUCGCCGGGCAAAGUCGCUGGACAGAAGGUCCACAGAGUCCUCUAUGACGCCCGACCUGCUGAACUUCAAGAAGGGCUGGUUGACAAAGCAGUACGAGGACGGGCAGUGGAAGAAGCACUGGUUUGUGCUGACCGACCAGAGCCUGAGAUACUACCGGGAUUCAGUGGCAGAGGAGGCAGCUGAUCUGGAUGGAGAAAUCGAUUUAUCCACAUGCUACGAUGUUACUGAGUACCCGGUUCAGCGAAACUACGGCUUCCAAAUCCACACGAAGGAAGGGGAGUUCACCCUCUCCGCCAUGACGUCGGGCAUUCGCCGCAACUGGAUCCAGACCAUCAUGAAGCACGUUCGACCCACCACUGCUCCCGAUGUAACAAGCUCACUGCCAGAAGAGAAAAGCAAAACAAGCUCUUCCUUCGAGACUGGUCCAAAGCCGAGUGAGAAGCCAGAUGCGGAGCAAGCUGAGCUGGACCCGGAGCAGAAGCGGAGCCGUGCACGGGAGCGCCGGCGAGAAGGACGGUCCAAGACCUUUGACUGGGCUGAAUUUCGCCCCAUCCAGCAAGCCCUGGCGCAGGAGCGUGCAAAUGCUGCAGACUCCUCCAAGAGCGGCUCUGCCGCCUUCCCCAGGGAUGCCAGUGCCACUGACGCCGACCCGGGAGAGCUGGAGCGGGAGCGGGCCCGGCGGCGGGAGGAGCGGCGCAAACGCUUCGAGAUGAUCGAUGCUGUGGAUGGGGCAGGGUCAGAAGAGGCUCUAAGGAUGGAGGUGGACCGGAUCCUGCCUGUCCCGGUGGACAUCAAACCGCAGAACGUCCACGUGGAGAUCGAGCAGCGCUGGCACCAGGUGGAGACCACCCCGCUGCGGGAGGAGAAGCAGAUCCCCAUCGCGCCCCUGCACCUCGCCCACACCGAGGACCGGGACGAGGGGCUGACGAAGCAGCACUUGACCACUCUGCUGGAGAAGGAGCUGGAGCAGAAGCAAAAGGAGGCCCUGGAGCUCCUGGAGCAGAACCGGCACCUGCAGGACCAGCUGAAAGUGGCACUGGGCCGGGAGCAGAGCGCCCGGGAGGGCUACGUGUUGCAGACCGAGGUGGCCGCCUCGCCAUCAGGUGCCUGGCAGAGGCUCCACAAAGUCAACCAAGACCUCCAAAGCGAGCUGGAAGCCCAAUGCCAACGUCAAGAGCUGAUCAAUCAGCAGAUUCAGUCGCUGAAGCGCAGCUACGCCGAGGCCAAGGAUGUGAUCCGGCACCACGAAGCUGAGAUUCAGAGCCUGCAGGCGAGGCUCAGUAACGCGGCGGCCGAGCUCUCCAUCAAGGAGCAGACCCUGGCCAAGCUCAAGAGUGACCUGAGGAGCGAAAAAGAGAAAGCCAAAGAGCAGCUGGAGGAGUGGCAGCACGGUGAGGCCACGCUCAGCUCCCAGCUGAAGGCCAGCGAGCAGAAGCUGAAGAGCGUGGAGGCUCUGCUCCUGGAGAAGACCCAGGAGCUGCGGGACCUGGAGAUGCAGCAGGCUUUGCAGAGGGACCAUCAGAAGGAGGUGCAGCGUCUCCAAGACAGGAUCGCAGACCUGAGCAGGCAGCUGAACGCUAGCGAGCAAGCACGGAUCCUCAUGGAGGAGAAGCUGCAGAAGAAUUACGAGGCUUUGCUGGAGAGCUGUGAGAGGGAAAAGCAAGUUUUAAUAAGGAGUCUGAAGGAGGUGGAGGAUAAGGCCAACGAGUAUGAGAACCAGCUGCAAAAUAAUGAGCAGCAAAUGGAAAUUCUGCAGAAGGAGAAGCUGAGUGCAAAGUUUGAAGGUAGCGAGCUUGUCCACCAGCUGGAGGAGCAGCUGGUGAUGAAGGAGGCCAGCAUCCAGAAACUCGCAGAGCACAUCAAGGAGCUCGAAAGAGAGAGAGAUCAGAUCAAAUGUCGGUUCCACGAGCUCAUGAAUCAGGUUGCCGAGUCAGAUAAUGAAGUUGCAAAGCUGCAAGCAAAGUUGAAAAUGGAAGAGACCAACUACCACAAUCUGGAGCAAUCGUUCGAGGAGGUGUCGGAUCAGUUCCAGGGUGUGCAGAAGGUGCUGAAAGAAAAAGAAGAAGAGCUGAGACAGGUUAAGGAAAUGCACUUGAGAAUUGUGGAGAAGAAAGAUCAAGAUCUCAGUGAGGCUUUGGUUAAAAUGGUUGCUUUAGAUAGUAGUUUAGAGGAGACUAAAGUAAAGCUAAAGGCCAAGGAGGAGGCUUUAAAGAAAUUAGCUAGUGUCAGCACAGGUCCAUGUGCUGAGGACACGGAAGACCUUGGCCCCAGCCUCGAGGCUGAUGAAAAUCAUCCAUCCCAACUGGGGCAAUCUCUGCAAACUCAGGAUGUCCUCCCAGCUCUGACUUACACGCUGAAGGAGGAGGAGGAGGAGGAGGAGGUUCUUGAGAGCAGCCAGAGGCAAACAGAGGAAUUCGGCUCCCCGUCCAAAGCUGUAGAGCUCCAGGACCAAGAGUUAGUUCAGAAAGCCUUAGCAAAGCCUGAUGUAGGAAUCAUGGGGACCAAGAGGCAAAGAAUCCGUUUCUCGAGCAUUCAGUGCCAAAAAUACAUCCAUCCAGAUGGAUCAGAGAAAAACUGGACAAGCAGUACGUCUUCAGACACAAGCCAAGACAGAUCACUGUCUGAAGAAAGCAUGUCAUCAGAGCCAGCUCUUGGUUACCCCUCGUCAGGGACAAGCGACUCUGAGACCUAUCUCUCAAUCAUCCAUUCCCUGGAAACCAAACUCUAUAUUACAGAGGAAAAACUCAAAGAUGUAACGAUGAAGCUUGAAAGCCAGCAUGGCCAUAAUCAGGAGACGCUCAUCGCCCUCCACCAUCAGUGGGCCAGCACAGAGUCUCAGCUGCGGGAACAACUUCAGACCAGCUUGUCCCAAGUCAGUGCUUUGAUCUCACAGCUGGAGAGUGAGAGGCAGGAAAAGUUCAAGCUCAUAGAAAAUCACGUUAGUGAGCUGGGAGGUUUCCAAGUGAAAAAUGAUCAAGCGCUGACUUGCUUAGAGAAGUGCAGGGAGCAACUAAGAUCUUUGCCCAAAUCAGACAAGGGAAAGGAGGGUGAUUUGUUCCAUGUUACUCUGUCCAGCAUGGAAACAACCUUAUCAAAUGCAAUCCAAGCCUUGAGAGGGGCACCAGUCCCGUCGGAGCAUCAGCAGAGUGAAAGCCUUAUCACAGAAAGUCCCGCUCCAGAAGGAGGUUUUUUGGGAGAAGAGGAGCACGUCUCCAGGGAGCAGCGAGCGGAAAUGUUUGACGCCAGCCAGCUGAGAUGGCUUUCUGAGAGGGUGGCAUUUGAGGCCUCUCUCAUCAACCAAAUAGCAGAGUCUUUGAAAAAUGCAAGCUCUGAGAUAUCUCAGCUUCUGAGGCAGAUCCAGGGAACGGCCGAGGUGGUUUUGUUGGAGCCAGCAAAUGUUUCUCAUACAGCAGUUGACUUGGCCAGUGUCCUAUCUAAGAAGCUGCUGCUGGAAGGGGAGUUCUGGAGCCAGGUGGAGGAGCUGAGAGUGCACUUGAGCACCAGAGAAGGAGAAGCCGAGGGCAAAACAGAAACAACAGGUUUGGGCUUUUCUCCAUGUUUUCUCAGUGCUGUAGCAGAUGCUACGUUGAUCAAGGCAGAACUUGGGUUUGUCGCACAGAAAAUGAGAGAAUCUUUUCAUCAGAGAUUAAAAACAAUCGAAGAAGACCUCCAUAAUACCAAAACAGCUCUCCAACAGCAUAAAUGCAUGUUGGAGGAGAUCAUCAAAGCAUACAGGACUCCUGAUUUUGAUGGAGUUAUGCACCAGAUUUCUGAAGCACUUGAAAUUCAGAAAGUUGCUUCAGAAAGAACCCAAAUCUCCUGGGACGGGAGCCAUCUGCAAAUGGUGCCGGGUCAGGAAUUAGCCAAGACAGAGGAGAUUGGCAGCCUGCCGGACCGUAGUAGUGAAGCUCUUGUUUCCAUUCAGGAAGAUCUUGCCCAACAACUAAAGGACAAAUCAAAUGUACUGAAGGAAAUAUCUGUUGCCUUACUCUCUCUGCCUCCUGAGGAGGCAAUGAGAGACUGUCAGAAGCUCCUGAAGAUAUCUCAGAGUCUUUCAUAUAAUUCGUGCAUGGGUGACCUUGAACGGUAUUCCUCUUUGUUAGUCCAAGAUGCAAUUGUUCAGGCUCAGGUUUGUUAUACCGCUUGCAAAGUCCGACUGGAAUACGAGAGAGAGCUGAAGUCUUACAAGGAGUCCUUGCAAAGCAUGGACGCGCUCUGCCAAGAGCGUGUGAAGACUGUCUCUCUCCUUCGGGACGAGUAUGAAGACUUGCUUAGAAAGCAGCAGGGUGAGUACGGCGAGGUGAUCGCCAUGCUUGAGCGGGAGAACGCUGAUCUCAAGGGAAAGGUGUCCCAGCUUGACAGUCAGCGAAGGGUCUUGGAGGAAGAAGAGCAUAAACACAGCAAGAGCUUGAGCGAAUUGCAGGGACGGUAUGAGGAGGAGAUUCGAAAUGUGAUAGAGCAGCUAAACAGGACAGAGGAUGCUCUGAAGGCUGAGAGGACAGAGGGCCUCAACCAGCUGGAUGCCAUUGUCCGUGACAAGCAGAACAUGGAGCGGUAUCACCUGGAGCAGAUGCAAAUGCUGGAGGACAAGUUCCAGGCCAAGAUCAAGGAGCUGCAGGUCAUCCAUGGCGAGGAGCUGCAGGCGUUGCAGGAGCACUACAGCCAGAACCUGCAGCGCCUGCAGGAGACCCUGGACGAGUACCAGAGGCAGCACCCAGAGGUGUCCCCGGCGGCGGGCCCGGGCGGUGGGGACGCCUGGGCGGCCGGUGAGGUGGGUGGCACUGGGCAGGGCCCCGGCAGCGACCCGGACUCCAUGCACGGCCUGAGGGAGCGCAUCCAGGAGCUGGAGGCCCAGAUGAACGUCAUGAGGGAUGAGCUGGAGAACAAGCAUCUGGAGGGGAACGCUUCCACCUUGAGGGAAAAAUACCAGAAAGACUUUGAAAACUUAAAGGCAACAUGUGAAAGGGGCUUUGCAGCUAUGGAGGAGACACACCAGAAGAAAAUUGAGGACCUGCAGCGGCAGCACCAGCGGGAGCUGGAGAAGCUGCGGGAGGAGAAAGACCGCCUGCUGGCAGAAGAAACGGCUGCCACCAUUUCAGCCAUCGAAGCCAUGAAGAACGCGCACCGGGAAGAGCUGGAGCGGGAGCUGGAGAAGUCCCAGCGCUCCCAGAUCAGCAGCGUCAAUGCCGACAUUGAGGCCCUCCGAAGGCAAUACCUGGAGGAGCUGCAGUCGGUGCAGCGGGAGCUGGAGGUGCUUUCAGAGCAGUAUUCGCAGAAGUGUUUGGAGAACGCCCACCUGGCGCAGGCGCUGGAGGCUGAGAGGCAGGCCCUCCGCCAGUGCCAGCGGGAGAACCAGGAGCUCAACGCCCACAACCAGGAGCUGAAUAACCGCCUGGCUGCGGAGAUCACGCGAUUGCGGACCCUGCUGACCGGGGAGGGUGGGGGAGAGGCUGCUGGAUCGCCUCUCACGCAGGGCAAGGACGCCUACGAGCUGGAGGUCCUGCUGCGGGUCAAAGAAUCAGAAAUCCAGUACCUGAAGCAGGAGAUCAGCUCUCUCAAAGACGAGCUGCAGACGGCACUGAGGGAUAAGAAAUACGCCAGCGACAAGUACAAAGACAUCUACACGGAGCUGAGCAUCGUGAAGGCCAAGGCAGACUGUGAUAUCAGCAGGUUGAAAGAACAGCUGAAAGCAGCCACAGAAGCUCAGGGAGAGAAAUCCCCUGUGAACACCACUGUAUCGGGAUACGAUAUUAUGAAAUCAAAAAGCAACCCUGAUUUCUUGAAGAAAGACAGAUCCAGUGUUAGCCGGCAACUAAGGAAUAUCAGGUCAAAGAGUCUGAAGGAAGGCCUGACUGUGCAAGAACGCCUGAAGCUUUUUGAAUCCAGGGACUUGAAGAAAGACUAGUUCUCCCCGCUCCGCUUGACCACGCGCACCUCCCAGCUUGAGGCAGCACAGCACCAGCACCGUUUGUCUCUCGUUCCUUACGACUGUCCUUGCUGUAGUUCGUCUUGACGCCCCCGAUGGGACCUGGCGCCGCAGCGGCAGUGCCCCCCGCCACCCCCUCACCUCCCCAGCACCUUUCCCUGCUUGUGAGACGCUCCAGAGACUCUGAGAGGGAGAGGAAGGAUCGGGGUGGGGUUUUUUUCCCCCCCCUCUUCGGCGCUUUGUAGGAGAAUCCUUCCUUUACUGUAAACCAUUACACUAAGUGUCAGUAUUAAGGCUCAGUAGCCUGUUAAUAAGCUAGCUCUGUCGUACCAACCGUUUUGGUAUGUAAGCAGGGCCUGGGUGGUAUCGGCCAUACCUAGCUCUUACUGCUGUCAAGAGACCCAGUGCUUAGAGCACGCCAGGAGCCUAAUCUAACCAUUGAUCUCGAUUGCAUUACUUGCACCUACAAGGGGGGAAAGCCUGGGGGGAGCUGUCGGGGAGCGCAAGUCCGUGCCGGCGUACACAGCCUGGAGGUACAACACUGACAUCUCGCUGGAGAAGGAUGCAAGAAAUGAUUCUCCUGCCCCGUGACUGUGCCGUAUCCUGAAUGUAGGCACUACCAAAGCCCGGCGAGCUUUGGUGGCUGCCCGGGUGGUUAUGGAUAGGGAGCUGCAGAAACUCACAUGCACCGUCGAGUCCGCCCCAUUGGCGUGUCUUUGCCUCGCGUCUCGCUGGUGGUUGGAGUCGGUGUUUCGUGGGCUGAGCUGUAAGAUCACUUUCUUGCCUCUGUUAGAUCAAUCCCAGCACUCUCUUUUAUUGCUGUUACUCCCUUCCUCUCAUUGAGUCCCGUGUAUCCCAGGGUCUGUGCGCAUUUGGAACUCCCUUUUCCUAGUCAAAGGAAAGUAGAGUAGAAAGUAGAGCCAAUAUUGACUGAAAAUGCACAGUGCUCAAUGCAUAUAAUGCUCCUUUUUUAUCAGCUUCUUGGAUUCAACUCUUCUUGUCAGCAGGGCAGCUCCUAUUUUAAUUCUUUUAUCUUUUCCUGAAAUAAAAAUCUCAAAACCAGUAUGUGCUUCAGACCUUCUCAGUCCUAAAAGCUUUUGUAUUUAAAGCAAUUUAGCACCGUGAGGCCAAAAAAUGGAUACAAACUAAGUGAGGUGAGGGAGCUGGUAGCACUAGAUGCAACGCAGCGCACGGCCAGCCGAGCAGAGGUUGUCUUCCUAGAAGAGGCCUAUGCCACCUUGCAGCAUCAGGGCUGGCCCGGCACGGUGGCUUCAUCCCGGGGUAAUGAGAGCAUGUCAAGAUGCCACCUGUAAAGACCCCCAGUCCUGCCUCACCAAGCGCCCUCGCCGGGAGGAAGGCUGAAGCAGCACUGUGUUGGCUUCCCAGCCCCGUUUAGCCACUGAGCAACCGCAGCACGUCGGGCUGGGCUGUUAAAAAUACCCCCUAGCUUUUACGUGGAGCGAAGCUUCCGCUUGUCUUUCAGGUGCUUAUCACGUGGCUGAAGCAGGCAGCGCUGUGUCUUUUCAUGGCUGAUUUUGGGUCUGUUAGGUGGUACAAGCACAGCUCUCAGAGCAAACUCGCUGCAGCUCUGGAGCAGUGAGCACCAAGGGGCUCGUGACAGACAUCGCCAAUCCUGCCAGGUUGGACCACAGUGGGUGCCGGAGAGUUCACCCUCAUCCUCCAGCUCGGACCAGCAAGUCACUGUUUCAGCCACCAGACCCUCAUCAGGAGAUGGUGGCAUCUAACUGUGGUGUGAAUCAGGCUGUCGUCCAGCUCAUGUGGCCUUGCCAUGGCCAAGCACUCAGCGUGACACCUCCUGGGGCACUCGAAGCAGCGCAUCGCAGACAUCCGAUUCUGCCCAUAGGAGCCCCACUUGUCUCCGGCCAAGAUGCCAGUGCCGUGCAGCGGGCUGCUUCUCCCACUGAAUCUGUGCCUGGGUAUACAUGGAAGUCCUGGAGAUAGGAGCAGGGUAGGAAAGAUGCUCAACCACUUGGAUGCAAAGGCUUUUCCCUCAUCCGCAGGCAUGUGCUCUCUAAGAUGUUUUGAUACGCAGCCACUCGCCCUAAUCCGAACUCACCGUAGUGCUUUCUGUAACCUGAGCAUUGGAGGACCCAGGAGACUUCCCAGCCAUGACCCACCUGGAUCACCUCUCCUGUCAGCCAUCAGCUGCUCCCAGGAGUCACGGCGCUGCUCCUUGCAUUGCAGCCGUCAGCAGCCGCCUUAGGCCUCCUCCCAUCCCACCAUGGAGGAAUGCGGCCUGGGCGCCCAAAGCUGCUUGCCGUCAGCGUCUUGUCUGCAUGGUGGGAGUCCAAACUGGAGACCCCUAAAGUAGAAAUGGGCAUCUUAGCGCUGUCUGGGGGCUGUGGAAAUAACUGCUCUCACCAUGCUGGGCUAGCUAACAGCCAGCUAAAGCAGAGACUGGUAUUCAUAAACCCAUGUAUGUUGGUAAUGCUUAGCAGUGGCUUCUUAGAGCCAUGGCAUGGGGUUCUGCUUCCCUUCCAGCUGAGGAGAUCCAGCUAUAGCUCUCCCUGGUUGUGGCCCUUCCCAAAUUCAUCCUCCUCCAGGUCAAGUGCACAUGUAUUAUGCUUAGAAGUCCACUUCUGGAAGAAGAGGGUCCUUUGUUACUAGUCAUGCAGGGGUUUUCUCUCUCUCUGUCCCCCCCCGCCAGCAUCUUGCACUUGACUGAAGUGAGAGGUCUGGACCUCCAGUAUAACCUCACAGUUGGGUGAAGGGUGCGUGUUCAGGUCUCCAUGAUCACAGCAGCUGGGAACAUGGCACUUCAGUGGCAUCUACAAGCAGUAGAAGGCAGUCUUUGCGUUAAAGCAGGGACACCAAUGCCUGCCAAGCGGAGUAGAGCGCGGGACCAGCAGAGAUGUCAGUGCUGUGGCCUAGGUUCUUCGAAAUACAGGCUAUUACUUGGAUGGCAAGGUGACUCCAUCCACUGUGUUUUGUAUAGUGUAUAUGUCUUUCUGACUGUGUCAGGGGAUGGUCACCUGGCCCAGGUCCCUCGCUUGGUCCCAUCCAAAGUCAUCUGUCCAGCUCUCAGCAGGGACUAUCUUUACACUUUGUCCCUGGCUGCUGGGUCCGUGGUGAGCCCUGCUCCCUGGCAGCUGCAGUCUCCUGGCCAGAGGCCUUGGGACGCAGCAUUAGGAUGGCACGUAGGCCUUGUCAUUGCCAUUGUUCUUCCCUUACAAGAUGUCACUGGAUCCAGGAGGAUGCCCUCCUCUUCCUCCUCCUCUUCUCUGAGGACAUACGGUGGGACUUUGUCCUUUUUAGUCAACCGAGCAGAACGUGUGCUGGUCUCCUUCGCGCCAUGUGGACCCUGACCUUUCUUAUGUCCCGUAGCAAAUCCUGCUCGUUCUUUGCACGCUUCAUUUGCUCAGGAGCAUUUAUUUGAAGCGUGAGGCCUAGAAGUUACGUACCUUGCUGUUUGCAUUGGCACAUCGGUGGCGAGGAGGCCACAAGAUGGACCCUUUCUGAUACAGGAUCAUGCCACUGAGCAUCUUGAGGCUCCCCAUGGAGGGCUGUUUUCUGCUGUACGCUUGCUUGUACCACAAAAUCCUCUCUUGCAGCUUAGUGUCCUGCCUGGAACGAGAUACUGAGCCGAGCGAGUAAGAGCACUUGAUUUCUUUGUCAGCAUUCCUGCUUCGAGCCUUAUUUCUUAACGUAGUGAGCAGCUGGGUAAGUGAAGGGUACACACGGAGCAAUGAGGUGGGGGUUCAUGCCUGGCUUUUCACUCAGCAUGUGUAAAAACAUAAAUAUGAUUUUAAAAAAAAAAAAAAAAGGGUGAGGAUGGGCAGAAAGGCACUGCAGUGUCUUAGCAAAGGUGGCAGCACUUUGGUCGUGGAUAGUGCAGGAAGGCAGCAGAAAGUGUGAUGAAAAUGCAGUGGCACAGGGAGCUGUGCAAAGCACGUGGGUACUGAAGCCAGGGAGGGUCCGGAGAUGGGCUUUCUGCUUGUGCUCUGGCCCUAAACUGCCCUGUGAAGAAAGACUGUGGGAGGAGAAUUCUUAUUUAUACAUGCAUAAAAAUAUACUGAUGUUUAUUAGGGAGGGCAAAAGUCACCCAGGAACACUUGUACAGCUCUUGCUCCUUUCCUGUAGAUGUGCCCGUACACUAAGCGAGGGGUCAUCUAUAACUUCUGGGCCACGUGUGUCAAUUCUUCACCCGAGGCAAUGCGCACGGUGUUUUGCCUCUCUCUGGUGAGGCACUGCCAAGGGACCGAGCACCAGCAGGAAUGAAGCUGGAUUUCCAUUUCCUCUCUUUCCUCUAGUUUGUUUUUACCUUAUUGUACCGAAUAUGUCAGUCACCGUGUCACCCCCCCCUUUUAUGGGCUCCCUGAAACAGCUUUAGAAUGAUUUGAAUUGAGCUUUGCUAGGGCUGCUGUACAAACAGGCUCAGACCCAGGGAUCAGCUGCUCAGAGGGUUGCUGUCGGGGAACUUCUAUUUAAUACAUAUCGGCCAGCUUCUCUGGACCUUCAAAUAGCUGAGAAAAGCAAAACAGGCGAAUUUGCUGGGGGAAAAAAAAAAAACAAUCCCAGGCACUAACAACUGGUGUAGCAGAACAAAAAUGUGUUGGAUGGCAGGAGGACAGUCACAGGGAACGCGGCGUGCGGAGGGACUGGCCACCACCGUCAUGGUUUUAGCAAUGUUUAAUAAGCCUAAUCAUAUAAUCUUAUUGCUGAAUUUCGUGGGUUUAAAAUAUUUAUCGCUAAGCAAAGGGGUCUUUCUUGACCAUAGUGGUGGUGGUGGUCUUGUGCUGUAGCUUGUAGGAGCAGCUAUCUUCCACUGGGGAGUUAGGCUCCUUUGCAAAGUAAAACAGCCUGGCUCUGCUGUACCGAAGGCGUGUCGGGGCUGAGCAGUGGCCUCUUGCCAUCGCCAGGAUGAGCUGCACCCUCUGGGGCAGCACUUCGCCAGUGGGAACACUGCAUACGAGCUCCUACAGCGGUAGCUGUGAGUUCUGGGGGUCACAAAGCGGGAGGAGGGAAGAUGCCGUGGUACGCAGACAGCUGUUCUGAACUGCUGCUGCAGGCUGGGCUCCAGGCUUCGGGCUCUGCUGCGCUUGCAGCCUGGCAACUAUCUAAGCAUCGCUCCAAAGCAAGAGGCAGUACAUUACCUGCCUUUACAUUAAAGAAAGAGGGAGAACCUGCAGCACCAAUAAACAGCCAAAACCUGAAAUAUUUCUGCAGAGAGCAGCGCUUUAAAGUAAGGGGUGGGGAGGAAAGCCAGCUGAGAGCUUUUUAGUGAUAGCAAUAGUCCUCAGUAAUCCUAUCGCUUCUUCCUGCUCCAGGCUUCAGCCAUCUUUCAAUAUAAAUCCGUUGUUAUUUAAAUCAGAAAGUGUUUGGGGAGGCGGGGGAAAAAGUACAGGGAGGAGAGGCUGAGCUCCCCGCUUGCACUGGAGGCUUUCAAAGGCCAUCUGCAUCAUCGCACGGUGGCACGGCCCCGGCCGCGGGCUUCGCCUCUUGCCGUGGUCCUGGUGUGCACGCCGGGGCGAGGCCGCGGAGGCGUCCCGCUUCAGACGCUUGCCAGGGCACGUCUACACACGGCAGGGCACGCGAACCGCAAAGCCGCGGCAUUUGACACAAUUCAACACUAUUGAGAGCACUGAGAUGUGAGGUCUAGGAAAAGUCAAGUGCAACGACGGUGCAGACACAGACACCUUCUAAUUGGCUCCAAGUGAUUUUUUUGUUUUCCUGCGUAAAAUUUUCCUACCAUUCGCAGCGUCUCCCCUGAAACCAACUGAAUCCUUCCUUAAAGCGCACCUUUUCUUUGCCCACGUGUAAAAAAAGAAGCAAAUUGUGUUAGUUUGCUUCAAAAAAUGGUAAAAUUUUCCUACCAUUCGCAGCGUCUCUCCUGAAACCGACUGAAUCCUUCUUUAAAUCUGACCUUUUCUUUGCCCACUUGUAAAAAAAGAGGCAAAUUUUUUUCAUUUCCUUCAAAACUAGAAUUGUGUGCUGACUUGCAAACCAGAGAAGUCGCUUUAUUCCCCGUGUAACAGAGGUGCACCAGACUGCAUUAAUAGUGCAAAAUGCGUCACUUCUGUACCAGCUCUACACCCGAUUGCACUUCCACUAGACCUUCACAUUUUUUACGUGGUUCAGACACGGUAUUUAGGUUGAUGUGAACACUUAAGCACCUGCACGCUCCGUGUAGCUUGCCUUUCCUCUGUAAUUUUUUCCCUUUUUUUUUUU